AUGGAGCUCGUCGACAUCGCCGUGCACGGGAUCAUCGAGGAUGACGCGGUUUCCCAGCAGGCGUCCGCCGAGGACUGUUGGCUCGCGGGCCCCGCGGCCGUCUUCUCCUCGGACGACAAGAGGCUGAUGUACACGGGCCGCGGCAGGUCCUUCUCCGCCAUGUCGAAGGGCAGCCACGGGGAGAUCGGGUCGCCGAUGCGGGUGGUCUCCGAAGACAGGGUGAGGCACGUUGCGGCCGGUGUCACAGCCGGCGGCAUGAUGAAGGCAGGCUCGACCAUGACGCUGCACUCGCCGGGGGACGACUGGGUGUCCGUGACCCGCCGCUGCGCGCUUCAGCGGCAAGACACGUUGCGCCAG